AUGGCCCACUCCCAUUGGGACAGCCUCUCCUCCAUUCCUCCAAUCAAUGGACAGGGUAGCGCUCCAGGAGUCCUGGAUAACACCGCAGAUAUCAGAGAGAAGCAGACCAAGAAAGAAGGAAAGCUGAGCUGCAGAAAAGGAGUGGAGAGUGUAUAUGUAUCUCACGUGGAGGAUGCCGUGACAUUUUUUGCACAGCCGCUGAGUAGAAUCCAUGACAUUUCUAGACUGAGUAACUCUUUGGCCAAAGCGUGUCUGUCAACGAGCGCUGUAUUUGGAAUUCCUGAUCAAGAUAAGAUUUAUGCAGGCUUGUUUUCAGCUGAUAAGUGCUGGUACCGAUGUAAGGUGCAGCAUGUGGUUAAUGAUGACCAGUGCGCUGUGACAUAUAUUGACUACGGAAAUUCAGAAGUUUUAAAUAGAUCCAGCAUUGUUGAACUUCCAGGCGACUUCCAGUUUGCACCUAUUGCACAGAAAUACAGACUCUGGGGUCUUCAGCUUCAAACGAGCACAGAUAUAGAACAGGGAAUUAAAUUUCUAUCCAGUCUCAUAGCUGACAAGCGAAUCUCUGUCCAGCAAAAAGCAGCCUACAAAGACGGCACUGCAAUUGUCCACGUUGUGCAUGAAAAUCUUGAUAUUGGGGAAGAAGUUGCCAAAAAGGGAUUUGCAGAGAAAUGUAAAAUAGUGAACAGUGUGGAAGAGUUCACAGAUAGUCCACAGAGUAAUGUAAAUAUACGCUUUCCGUGGCGAAGCAGAAAGUUGGAGAAGCCGCCUAUGAGGGAGCCGAAAUCCUUUCCAGUGUUCGCAAACUCCUUCGUGGACCAGAAAGCGUCCGACUUGCAGAAGGAAAAUUUAUGCAGCAACAAUUUACCAUCAGUGAGGUCAAAGAAUUUUCCUGAUAAAACCAUUGGGAAUGGAAUGAAAAGCAACCAAAACCUUUUGGAUGAGACUAAGCAGCUGAAAUCCGAGAAAGAAGUUUUAUUGCAGAAGGUUAAUGAGCUAGAAAUCCAGAUACAGCAGGGUGCCCUGCAAUCUGAGAAAGAGAAGGCGUUAUCAGAAGAAGCUAUUCGUAAUUUGGAAAAGAGUCUGCAGUCUGCUGUAGGGAACAAAUUGAAAAUUUUAACUUCCAAGAUUGAGAUACUUAAAAAUGUGAGGCGUGAAAAUGAAAACAUGAAUAUUGCUGAUGAUCUUCUUGAGGCCGUUAGUGUUGUAACCACAGAAAGGCUGUCUGCCCUGACCUCUCUAAAUCAACUAGAGAGAGACUGGACUGAAUACAACUUGGCACAGGAGAACAUCAGGUGCUGCUCAGAUGUGGACAAGUUAGAUGCGCUUACAACAAUCAGAGACCAAAUACAGCAAACUCUGCACUCCUCUGUUGCCACUUUUAUUCUUGAGGUUGAUGAGUUGCCUCUCGAAGCCCGCAGAGCAAAGUUACAGGCGUUGCUGCUUUCUCUUGCGGCUACAUACGGAGCCUCUGGUGACUGUGAAGACUUGGAUACAGUGUUUGAUGAUUUUUUUAAAUGGAAACAGGCCAAGACAAUGCAGUUUGAUUCUGUCAGAGAUAAUACCAACAAUUCAUUGGGAGUUCUUUCAAAAUGGUUCUUUAACAUCAAAGAGUUUUUUGAUCUGACGGCAAACACAUCCUUGGGCUGUUCUGAAGUUGUAGGUAACAUUGAUGAUAUCUUGGAUCGCGCAGAGUCAGACAUCUCUAAGGAGCUGGAAAUCUCUCUUGUGGAAGAAGAUGAAGCAGACCGCAAAAUAAUACUAAAUGCAUAUAUCAGAGUUGUGGAUCAGAUCCAGAAGGAGCUUCAUCUAAUUUCUGUUAUUCAGUCAAAGUAUUCUGCCAGUGUUGAAUUUAAAAAGAACAUUGUUGAAUGGAUUGGCAGAAACCCUAGUGUUGACUACUUAAUGUCAAUCAAAAAGGCUAUAAAACAGUUGAAGACUCAGCUGAGGUGGAAAUUAGUUGAGAGGAGCAGUUUGGAAGAGGCGGACGAAUUCAAUGAAACUGCUCUUGCCGACGUGCAGAAUGACAUAACAGUCCUACGAAAUAAUAUAUUCUCCGAAAUACGUAAAGAACAAGAAGAAUAUGGGACACUAAGCACUUUGGUUCAGAAAUGGUUUCCAGAACUUCCUCUUAUUUACCCGGAAGCAGAAAUACUAAGAUACAUGAAAUCCGGAGGUCUCCUUUCUGGCAGUAUGGAACGUGAUCUUUUGGAGGCUGAGCCGAUGAAGGAGCUUAGUAGCAAGCGGCCCCUUGUGUGUUCUGAUGUUCAGAACAAGUUGGUGCUGUUGAAGGUGUAUUCUGUAGGUGUGGACACAGAAGAAAAAGUAAUAGACAGGGCUUCAAAAUAUCACAAAGCAUGGUCUGAACAGAAGGAGGACUCUGGUCUCAUGGAAUUGAUAUGCCUGUUUUUUUGCAAGUCUGAUCCUAUGGUUUACUUGAUGGUUCCAUUUUAUCCUGGUGAAAGUUUGGGAGCUCUGCAAGCGAGCAAGUAUUUAAACUCAAAAGAAAUUAUAAAGGUGAUGAGCGGAGUAGCACGUGGCCUGCAGAGUCUUCAUGCUGCUGGGAUUAUAGUCGGUGCCCUACAUGAAAAUAAUGUGUUUGCUGUAAACAGAGAGAAGGGAAUUGUUGGAGACUUUGACUUAACAAAAAAUGCGGAGCAGCGGAGUUCUGUCACAUCUGCUUGUUUUCCAUACUUGACAGCUCCAGAAUUAAAACUUGGACAGCCAGCUUCAGAGUUCACCGAUAUAUUUGCUUAUGGUUGCAUCCUCUUGUGGCUCUGUACGAGGAAACAUAAUGUUGCUGCCAAACAAGAUGGGAUGCCUGAUCUUGAUGGCCUUGACAUAGAUGCACAAGUAAAGGAUCUGCUGUGUGGUCUCCUCUGUAGUGAAAAUCGCAUCAGGGCAGCUGAUAUCACAGCUCAUGAAUGUUUUAAGUUGGCCGAUGAGACUGUAAAUGUUGUGGCUGAUACAGAUUAUGAUGCUGCUAAAAGCACGCCUGCAGAUUUUGCAUGAAGAAUCUGCACAAUUCCAAAACUUUGUUUUGUGUUCAUCUUUUGUCCUCUCGUGAAACAGUUUGUUACGUUGGUUAACUGCUAAAUCUGCAGAGCAGGUACCUUAUUGUGUCAGUUAUCCCCAGAUUUCAGAUACUGUUUUCAGUAACUUUUUUUCUUUGUCUCUCACUUCUUCUUUGUAGAAAACACUACUCUACUACCUUAUUUGACUUGGUAAAAUACUACAUCUAUUAUAUCUUAUGUUU